AGUCUUGUGAAUACGAAACUGAACCAACGCAGAAGACAGUCGUAUGGGACAAAUCAGUUCACAGGCUGACAGAAUGACUUGUUGUGUCCGGGUCAUCGUGGUGGGAGCUGGCAGUCGAGGGGAGAUCUACUCCCAGUUUGCAUCCAUCCACCCUGAACGCAUGAAGGUUGUUGCAGUAGCUGAUCCCAGAAAAUUUGCUCGCACUAAACUUCAACAGCAACACAACAUUGUAGAUGAAAACAUAUUUGAAGACUGGCACAGUAUAGUUGAAAGAGAGAAAUUUGCAGAUGCUGUGCUCAUUUGCACUCCAGACCGCCUUCAUAAGGAACCUGCAGUGGCCUUUGCAAAGAAGGGCUACCAUGUACUGCUGGAGAAACCAAUGGCAACGACUGCUGAAGACUGCACAGUGAUUGUGGAGGCUUGCAUACAGAGUGGUGUGAUGCUGUCAGUGGGUCAUGUUCUCCGCUAUGAUCCUGUCAUCCACAAGAUUAAGGAGCUGAUAGAUGCUGGUGUCAUUGGUGAUGUGAUCCAUAUUCAGCACCUUGAGCCGGUUGGGUUUUAUCACUUUGCUCACUCCUAUGUUCGAGGAAACUGGAGGAAUGAAGAAGAGAGCUCUUUUGCUCUUUUGGCCAAAUCAUGUCAUGACAUCGACCUCAUACAUCACUGGGCCGGAGGACGCAGGUGUGUGAAAAUGUCAUCAUUUGGAUCUGUCAGCCACUUCAGCAAAGAAAACAAGCCAGCAGGUGCUGCAGAUCGCUGUCUGGAUUGUUCAGUAGAAGCAACGUGUCCUUACUCAGCUCGCAAAAUCUACCUGGACAGAGUGAAACAGGGUCACACCGGCUGGCCUGUAUCAGUCAUAUGUCCGAGCUCGUUCCCAGACAUCGAGUCAGUCACCGAGGCACUGAGGACUGGACCGUAUGGCCGCUGUGUCUACGAGUGUGACAAUGAUGUCUGCAGUAAUCAGGUUGUUAACAUGGAGUUUGAAGGAGGUCUGACUGCAGCCUUUUCCAUGGUGGCGUUCACUGAAGAGAUAUGCCAGCGAAAAACAACUGUCUAUGGCAGCAAGGGGGAGCUGUCAUAUGACGGUCAUGGGAUUCAAGUGUUUGACUUUCUAACCCAGAAAUCCACUAAACACACAGCACACAAUAACGCUCCCGGACACUUUGGCAUGAGUGGACAUGGUGGAGCAGACUACCACCUCAUAAACGCCUUUAUCUCUGCUGUGGCGAACAACAAUCCAUCUCUGAUCCGCUCAGGUCCUGAGGAGACGCUGAUGAGCCAUUUGCUGGUAUUUGAAGCUGAGCGUUCACGACUGGAGAGCAGAGUGGUGUACUGUGGUGACACAAGACAGAACUAGAUGACUAAAAAGCAUUUUAAACACAAAAUGAUGUCAUCUUAAGACACUAUAAAGAUAUCUGACUGAUUAAUGAAACAAUUAGACUGACAAAUGAAUCUUGAAGUUUAAUUAAGAUGAUGUAAUUCACAUAGCUCAGGGAUUUUAAGUGUGUACUGUGUGUGUGUGUGUGUGUGUGAGAGAGAGAGAGAGUGUGUAUGGGUGAAUCUGCUCACUUUUUACAUGAUAUUUGUACUAUGCAAAUAUUUGUUUGUUCUGUGUGUGUGUGUGUGUGUGUGUGAAUGGGUGAAUCUGUUCAAUAUUUAAAUCAUAUUUGCACUAUGUCAACAUGAUUUGUUUCAUGUUAUUGUAAUUUCUUUAAAAUGAGUGUUCAUGUAACAUACUCGUGAUUUUUACUGAAAAGUUGUGAAUCUGUUCAAUUAAAAUUGUCUUUGGAUGAUAGUUUGCUCUUAAUGUCAUCCCACACACAAUAUGAUAUUACUGUA